AUGUUUCAAACACCUAUUUCGAAAUGCUCGACGUUCAUUCAUAGACUUGGCCAGCUGGAUGGAAAUGACUGCCCUCGCCCAAUGAUCGAGGGCGAUGACUCCGACGAUCUCGUCCCUGUUCCUCCAUCACAACAUUUUCCGCAUCAGCCCAACGUCGACGAGCUUAAAGGCCUAGUAAUGAAUAUUGUCAUUCCAACAGCCACUAUCAGCGCCAAAAGAUGUCCCGUUUUUGUUUAUGUGCAUGGCGGCUCCCUACUCUAUGGCGGUGCAAACCUCCCCAUCUUUGACGCAGUCAACCUCGUCUCGCACAGUCUAAGAAUCAAUCAACCGAUAGUAUGCGUUAACUUUAAUCACAGAGUCGGGCUUGGUGGUUUUCUUGCAAGCACUGCGAUCAAAACAGAACUCGAGCAAGACGGGUUCCAAGGAUGCGGCAACUUUGGAUUCACAGAUCAGCAGAUCGCUUUCCAAUGGGUUCAGAAUUACAUUUCGGAUCUGGGAGGUGAUCCUGAUAACGUUACUCUUGUUGGGGAGUCAGCUGGUGCAAUUUCGAUUAGCAACCAAUUGGCAGCUGUUAGUCCUCCCAAGUUCCGUCGUGCGGUUUGCAUGUCUGGUUUAUCCAUGUCAAUUCCACCUUGGACAAUGGAGGAGCAUGAGCAACUGUUCAGGGCAGUGUGUCACUAUUUUCGAAUCGAUCCCAUGAAUGAUAAUGCACUUGAUCUCCUGAGGAGAAUUCCUCAACAGGAUCUAGCAAAUGCGACGCCAUCGAUUCAGGGAGUGGCGUCGGGAACAGGGAAUCCAUGCCUAGAUGGGUGGUUUUAUGCAAAAGACCCGUUGGCCAUUCAAAAACCGCCAGAAUGGCUGAAAGGGUUUAUGUUGGGCGACACUUACCAUGAAGGCGUCAUCUUUCAUUUAAACCUGCUACAGGAUGACUUUGAUGGGGCUCACAGGACAUUCGCUAAUCACAUCCAGAAUGACAUCGAGACAAAUCAGAUCUUAUCUGAGUACUGCAUUUCGCCAGAACUCCCUCAUGACAUCUUACUAGAACGGGUCGAGCACAUGUGCGGUGACGCCGGAACUGCAUAUCACGCGCACGAGCUAUUGUACCUAUUCGGUAACUUGUUUAAUGCAUUCAAUGAGGAUGAACGAGCCAUGGCGAUGGACUUUGCGACAGCAUGGAUCAGAUUCAGCUACGGCCAAGACCCGUGGCCUGCAUCGAAAGGGCAAUGGAAGAUCUGGGGUCCGAAUAGCACUCAAGUGAUCAAAACUGAAGAAGAGGAUGAACAAGUCCGGUCUUAUGCACGGAUGAAACGAAUGUUGGCAAUGGGCAAUGGCGAAACAUGGAAAAGGUGGUUGAGAGGAGUUGAUGCAUUGGUUAAUAAACGGAUGAACCUGGGGAAGAGUUGCCAGUUACCGUGA